UGCUGCUGCACAUGCGCUGAACGGGCGCCGCGGAAAACACAUUGAGGGAUUACUAAAGACAUGGCGGGCAACAUCGAGCAAAUUUUUCGCGAUUUCGUAGUAAAUAAGAUAAAAGAAAUUGAAGAUGAGAGUCAAGAUAUCAUUCUGACAGAUGAAGGCCAUCCCAAUGGUAAAACUGUAGAAGGAGCAGAUGGGAUCAACAACACACAAGAUAAAGCUGGUGUAGCCAAUAAGGAAGAGGGUGAUGUCCCACAAAAGAAACACAAGAAGCACAAGAAGCACAAGAAACACAAAAGCAAAAAGAAGAAACGUAAGGAAGAGAGAGAGAGCGGCUCAGAAUCAGCAGCAGACUCUGAUGGAGACAAGGCAAAGACUGGGGAAGAGGAUGACGGGAGAUCCAAGCGGCAUAAACGACAUUCCGGGAAGAAGAAGAAAAAAAAGCAGAAGAAAGAUGGUGACAAGUCCAACAGCUCAUCUGGGUCGGAGUCCGAGUCAAAGCCUCAACCCGGGAACAAGGAGAGCAAACCUCAGGAUCUGCCUGAUAUCAUCCCUAAACUAGAGGAGAAGUGUCCGGAAAAGUCCUCCUCCAGAUGCUCACGGUCUCGUUCAGGCAAGCGCAGGUCCAGAUCCAGGGACAGGAGAGGGAGAUCUAGAUCAAGGUCCGGUAGAAGACGUGGUGGAUACACACGUUCCAGAUCACGGCACCGGAGGUCCGGGUCACAUUCUAGAAGGUCUGGGUCUGCCAGGAGAGGCAGGAGAACCCGGUCAAGGUCCCUCGUGAUCUUGAAGAAAGACAGACGGUCUAGAUCGAGAUCCAGAAGGCGAUCGAAAUCUAAGACGAGAUCUCAGUCGAGACACCGAGAGAUGAGUUCAGGAUCUCCCUCUCCUUCCAGAAACGACAAAUCCAAAUCCAGGUCUGCCUCAAGAGACAGCCAACCGGCCAAGAAGGAUCCCUCUGCCGUCCUGGCUGAAGAUGAGUCUGCUGUGAAAGACGAAAACGUAAUGGUUCCUAUCGAUCCGCCAGCCCUAGCUUCCGAAAGCAGCAUUGAGGGUGUUGUCAAUGUGGCCGCCGCCUCUGGAGGAGGGUGGAAGCCAAUACCCUUCUUAGGCGACAGCAGUAAGGGAGAGCCAGCCGUUUCCUCCCAGCCCUCAGAAUGUCUGUCUCCACAGAAGUGCCCUAUUCCUCCCAAGGUGUCUUCAGGUGAGCAACAUGAGGCCUCCACUGACCACCAGUCAACGUCAGCCUCUGAUCCUAACCACAGCUGCCAGCCAACUGGUGAGCCAGGGGAAUCGGAUGGACCUGUUACUUCAGAAACCUUGGAUGGCUCUGUAGAUUCCUUACCCCCCAAAACAGAUGCUGGUGGAGGAGACAAGGUGACACCUCAGGGUGAAGAGCUGCCUGCCUCACCUAAACCACAGCCAACAUCUGGAGAGGCAGAGACGACAGAGAAGGAAGGAGACACUUCAAAGUCCCGGUCUCCUUCAAAGAGGAAAAAGUCGAGGUCAAAGUCUCCUGGUCAGAAGAAACGCUCUGAUGCAAAGUCCUCCAAGAAGAGGAGGUCCAGAUCCAAGUCUCCAGGGAGGAAAAGGAAAUCGAGGUCCUCGUCGCCAAGCCGCAAGAGGAAGUCCAGGACGCCGUCUCGGAGGAAGAGGUCUCGCUCAAAGUCCGGGACGAGAAAGAAGAAAUCACGGUCCAAGUCCAGAACGCGGAACAAGCGCUCGAAGUCUAGGUCACCGAAAAGGAAACGAUCCAAGUCACGGUCUCCUGCUCGGAGGUCAAAGAGGUCAAGGUCACGCUCCGGUUCGCGGCGGAGGGGUAGGGGUGCAUUCGGCAGCCACCAGCUGAGCCAGAGGGACCGCUGGAAGCGUGAGCCAAGCCACUCCCCAGUCCUUAUCCUCCGCAAGAAGAGGUCUCCGGCACGCAACAACCGCGACACCAGCAAAAGCCCGCCACGACUCACAGAGCUGGAUAAAGACCAGUUACUGGAGAUUGCGAAGGCUAAUGCAGCCGCCAUGUGUGCCAAGGCAGGGAUACCCAUCCCAGAGAGCCUGCGACCCAAAGCGGUCCUCCAGCUGCCUUUACCCAGCCCCAACAACCCCAUGUCCUUCUCCAUGCCCAUGAAUAUGAACAUGCCCAUGAACAUGUCUAUGAACAUGCCUAUGAGCAUGACCAUGAAUGCAGCUAUGGCUAGCAUGACAGCUGCCACAAUGACUGCUGCGCUGGCCAGUAUGGGAUCUAUGGCCUCCAUGCACCAGAUGGCCCCGCUCCCCAGCAUCACCAACAAGCCCCCGCCAGGUCCCCCCCAGCCCAACAUGGCCACCAUCGAGGAUGUGAAGAGGAAGGUGGCCAAGCAGGCAAACAGCAUCAGCAUCAAGGAGUUCACUGACAAGUGUAAGAAGAUUGUGGAGAAGGGAGGGGAGCUGGCCCUCGCUGAACCCCGUAUAUCUGACGACGAGGACGACGGCAAACCGUUUGGACGAGCCGCCCUGAGGGAGGUCAAGGGCAUCUCCUUCAGCCUCAAUAACGCAUCCGUGCGUCCAUCUCCGGCGUUGGUGGUUCGGAGCGAGGCGGCGUUCGCCAAGGAGUUCCCCGUGUCGUCGGGCUCCCAGCACAGGAAGAAGGAGGGCGACGGGGGAGGGGCUUACGGAGAGUGGGUGACCGUUGACAAGAAGGCGGAAAAGGCCAAGGCGGCGGCGACCAAGGCAUUGGCAACGGCUGCUAAGGAAACUUCGCCUGGGGAUGCGCCUUUGUCUGCGGUGUCCGUGGCAACGGAGGAGCCGGCGGUCGUCAAGGAGAGUGAUAGUGUGUUCCCGGAGCCGCCGCUACAGCCUGUAGACAUCACCCAGGCAGUCGGUGAGAGGAUGAAGGCCCAGAAGCGUCUGGCUGAGAACCCGUACGACGUCAGCGCCAUCUGCAUGCUCAGCCGUGCUCAGGAACAGGUGGAUGCAUGGGCCCAGUCCAACACCAUCCCUGGUCUGUUUACAGGUUCUACUGGAGCAACGGUGCUCAGCUCAGAGGAGCUGUCCAACAGCGGACCACAGGCCUGGAUUAAAAAGCAGGUGCAAAUGCAGUACUGACACCCGUCUACUAGUGGUGCUCUGGUCUGACACCCGGCUACUAGUGGUGCUCUGGUCUGACACCCGUCUACUAGUGGUGCUCUGGUCUGACACCCGGCUACUAGUGGUGCUCUGGUCUGUGCACUAAAUAGAGUCCCCCUCGGAGUCGGAAUAGGGACUUGGAGAAUGAAAGAGGGAGAAAGGAGAGCUGGAAGUAAGUCUGCAGAUCCCAGAACCCCCCCCUUGUCCUCUAGCACCCCAGGGCAAGGCAGAGAUUAUGGGUCCGUCUCAGUAGUCUAAAGAUGCUUCCUCGUCUCUUUCCUUGGAUUCACACUGAUCUCAGAACAGGGGAAAGGGAAAAGCACUUCUUUGACUUAUUCUGCCUUUUCAGAUCAGGUCAGAUAUGGUUGGGGACGUUAGGUGAGGAAGUGACUUUAGACUAUUCCGAUGCACCCUAAGACAGGUUACUAUAGUCUCUACCGUCACGCUGUCUCCCUAAAGCGGUGUCUCCCUAUCACUUCCCCACACAGAAUGUCAUCAGGCCCAGAGAUAACCAUAGUCUAUGGACCCCGUGUGAACCCUCCUACCCUGUAGUGUUUCUAUAGUGGGCUGUUUGAAGCCAGUGGGUGUAACUGUACCCCAAACCUUCCUGAGCUCCGUAAACACACAGGGGGCUAGUGUUGCUGUUUUAAACGACACAUCCUGAGGAAUCUCUCUUUCUCUGGUUAAGUAACACAUUGUCACAUUUAGCUAUAGAGAGAGAUGGAUCUGCUGAGUUUAUUCUUCAUUUAAUACAACACGUCCUUCACAUGCAGAUGCUAUGGGCAGAUGUCAUGGACAUGUUCAGAGAUGUGAUAUAGGGAUGAGAGUGCAUUGAUCAUACUAAUGUUAGUGACAUGCAUUUUGCUAGCAUUACAGCAGCUAACAUUGAUUUACAGCACGCUAGCAUUGCAGCAGCUAACAUUGAUUUACAGCACGCUAGCAUUACCAGCAUAUGGACUGUGUUGUUUGUGUGGUUGUUGGGUGCCCCCAGCAACCAGUCUUGGUGCAUUCCGUUUCCCAGUAGAUGAGCGGGGUCUAGUUUUAGACCAGUCAGUGGUCUCUAACCCUAGUCCAGGCUGUGCAGGAUUUUGUUCCAUCCCAGCAUAGUCAUAUAGGUUAGGGCUGUAACAAAAACCUGCACAUUAGCUCCAGGACCACAAUUGGAGACCACUGCCUGAGGGAGAUCUCUGUUCUGAGGGACCUAGGCUAGUUACAGGUGUCCAUGGACAUGCCUGUGCUCUUUCCCUUGCCCUGGGGGAGGCUGCAGUCAGAAGUUGCUCCUAGUCACAGAUCUAGGAUCAGCUUCCCUUUCGCAAAUCCUAACUCCAAGCUGACCACGUGUCUAGGGGCAACUUCCUCCCAGUCCUUGGGGCAGCCCGAUGAAAUGGGUCAAUAAGAGGGGUCUGGAUUGGAGCAGAGGGAGAGAGGUGUGGGUUCACAGGGGUGACCUGUGAACUUUCACCUCUGUGUAUUGGACACUUGUUUCAGGGUCAGUCCUUGUAGCUGUCCUUGUUGCCAUGGCCACAGUCAGGCCCCCCUCAUUUCCUGUCUGAUGCUGGGCCGGUGAUGAGGGGCUAGGUACGUACACCACACAGCGCCUUACUAUACAUCUUGUGUAACCGUGUGUGUGAGAAAAUGUGUGUGUGAGAGAAAGAAAUGAGGUGUCAAGGCACAGCGCCCUCUUAUUUACCUACAUGUGGUAUAAUGAGUGAAGAAAUGUCUCUUGGUUGUAUCUUAAGUUUCACCACAUAAUUUAUUUAAUUUCAUCUGUAUUCUUAAUGUGUUUUGAAGUUUCUCUAGAAAUGUUCUCUCAAACACACGAUUUUCAAAAGCUGCCACCACAGUUAUUUCUAGUGUUUCACAUAGGGGUAGAGGUUACUACAGACAGAGUAACACACACGCACACACUCACUGUUAUCCAGAGGCAUGUGAGUUGUCCUGAAGGUAGUCUCUAACUCAAGUCUGACUGUGACAGUGGUGUGACUGGAUGAGGUGGUUGAGAUGUUUUCAAGGUAGAAACUAAUUAUCUGCUUUUGCCUCUGCCUCUCCCUCUUCUCUCUCCCUCUUCCUCUUCACUCCAUGGUUCUCUCUUCUGUUAUUCUCUUCUCUUUCUCCCUCAUCUCCUGCCGCUCUCUCUCUCUCUCUCUGUAGGACCAGUUCUUGCGAGCAGCCCCGGUGUCGGGAGGAGUAGGGGAGUUUCU